AUGGAAGCCAUUCUGGAUUUCUCAAACGACCUGGAUAUCACUCUCCUUGACCAGGUCGUCCAAGCUUUUGUUGGCGGCACCGGCGAGCAGCAACAAACAGCUCAACGAGUCUUGACCCAGUUCCAGGAGAACCCGGACGCAUGGCAGCGUGUACCAGCGGUGCUCGAAACUUCGAGUAACCUGAACACCAAGUACAUCGCGUUGCAGAUCCUGGAGAAGCUGGUCCAGCAAAAAUGGAAGGCCUUGCCUGCAGAACAACAACAGGGUAUCCGGAACUUUAUUGUCCAGGUGACUGUUGACAUCUCGUCCGAUGAGCAGCGGAUGCGGAGGGAGAAGGGAUACCUGAACAAGCUCAACUUGGUCCUGGUACAGAUCCUAAAACAGGCAUGGCCCAAAGACUGGCCAUCCUUCAUUCCCGAAAUCGUCGCCUCAUCACGAACAAACCUCACCCUCUGCGAAAAUAACAUGAUCAUCCUCCGUCUCCUCUCCGAGGAAGUCUUUGACUUCUCCGCCGAGCAAAUGACACAGGCCAAGACCAAGGCACUCAAGCAGUCGAUGUGCAGCGAGUUCUCCGAGGUCUUCCAGCUGUGUAACGAGGUGUUGGAGAAGGCCAACAAGCCGAGUCUGAUCAAGGCGACUUUGGAGACGCUACUGCGCUUCCUGAACUGGAUUCCGCUCGGGUAUAUUUUUGAGACUCAGAUCAUUGAUUUCCUGGUGUCAAGAUUCCUCGAGGUCCCAGAGUUCCGGAAUGUCACCCUCAAAUGUCUUUCGGAGAUUGGUGGUCUCAACAUCGGUCCCGAGUACAACGACAAAUUUGUCACCCUCUUCAACGUUGUCAUGACCUCCAUCAACCGCAUGGUACCCCCCAACACCGACCUUGCCGCUGCAUACUCUACUUCGGAUGACGAGGACCAGCAACUCAUCAACAACCUCGCCCUUUUCCUUACCAACUUCCUGCACCCCCAUCUCCGCCUGAUCGAGAACCCCGAGAAUAUGGAACUGCUCGUCAAUGCGCAUCUGUACCUCAUCAAGAUCUCGACGGUGGAUGAUCGCGAGGUGUUCAAGAUCUGCUUGGAGUACUGGGGCAAGGCAAGCUAUCCUGCGCCGAUCGAGAUCCAGUCCUUGCCCCUCAGCGACAUCAACCCGCUCAUGAACCUCAAUCUCGGCGGACUGGGCAGCUCCUCCGGUCUCGGUCUGAACGGCGUGCCGCUCCGGAAGAACAUCUACGCCGAUAUCCUUUCCAACCUGAGAUUGGUCAUGAUUGAGAAGAUGGUCAAGCCGGAAGAGGUCUUGAUUGUUGAGAACGACGAGGGAGAGAUUGUACGCGAGUUCAUGAAGGAGAGCGACACGAUUGUGCUCUACAAGUCGAUGAGGGAGGUGUUGGUCUACUUGACCCAUUUGGACGUAUCCGACACGGAGCAGAUCAUGACGGAUAAGCUGUCCAAGCAGAUUGACGGGUCGGAGUGGAGCUGGAACAACCUCAACACCCUGUGCUGGGCUAUCGGGUCCAUCUCGGGUGCAAUGAACGAGGAGACCGAGAAACGCUUCCUCGUGACAGUCAUCAAGGAGCUCCUCGGCCUGACCGAGAUGAAGCGCGGCAAGGACAACAAGGCCGUUUGCGCCUCGGACAUCAUGUACAUUGUCGGCCAGUACCCUCGAUUCCUCAAGGCGCACUGGAAGUUCCUCAAGACGGUUGUCAAUAAGCUCUUUGAGUUCAUGCACGAGACACACGAGGGUGUCCAAGAUAUGGCGUGCGACACGUUCAUCAAGAUUGCGCAGAAAUGCAGGAGGCACUUUGUGAUGCAGCAAGCGGGGGAGCAUGAGCCGUUCAUCGAUGAGAUAUUGAGGACGCUGCAUCGGAUCACGGUCGAUCUGGCUCCGCAGCAGGUCCAUACCUUCUACGAGGCUGUCGGGUACAUGAUCUCCGCCCAGCCCAAUCGGCCACAACAGGAACGUCUGAUCGACAAACUCAUGGAAUUGCCAAAUAACGCUUGGGACAACCUCAUGCAACAAGCAGCAUCCAAUGUCGACGUCCUCGGAAACGCCGACAAUGUCAAGAUCAUGUCCAACAUCCUCAAGACGAACGUGUCGGCGUGUACGAGUAUCGGGUCGUUCUUCCUUCCUCAGCUUGGGCGGAUCUGGCUCGAUAUGCUGGGUCUGUACAAGGCUGUCAGUGGGAUCAUUAGCGAGCAGGUCGCUACUCAGGGCCUGGUCGCUACCAAGACACCCAAAGUUCGAUCUCUCCGGACGAUCAAGAAGGAGAUCCUGAAGCUGGUCGAGACGUACGUCAAGAAGGCGGAAGACCUGGACGGGGUCAACCAGAAUCUCAUCCCCGGCCUACUCGAUGCUAUUCUUGGCGACUACAACCGGAAUGUGCCUGCUGCGAGGGAUGCCGAGGUGUUGAAUGUGGUGGCUACCAUCGUGUCCAAGCUUGGCUCUCUGCUCGCUCCCCAGAUUGGCCCUAUCCUGGAUGCGGUCUUCGAGCCCACACUCGGGAUGAUCAACCAGGACUUUGCAGAGUAUCCGGAGCACCGAGGAGGCUUCUUCAAGCUUCUCCGGGCUAUCAACUUGACUUGCUUCGCCUCUCUUCUGGAACUCCCACCUGCGCAGUUCAAGCUCGUCAUGGACUCGAUUGUCUGGGCGUUCAAGCAUACCAUGCGGGAUAUUGCCGAUAUGGGAUUGAGCAUCGCAUACGAGAUCGUCAACAACUUUGCGGCGUCCGAAGCUGGUAUUGCGAACUCGUUCUACCAGCAGUACCUGCUCAGCAUGCUGGGUGACGUGUUCUACGUCUUGACGGAUGCGGACCACAAGUCUGGCUUCCGGAUGCAAGCAGUCCUCCUCGCCCGACUCAUCUCCCUCGUCGAAACCAACGCAGUCUCUGCACCCCUAUAUGACCCCACCACCGUCCCCGACCCGACCAUCUCCAACGCCGACUUCCUCAAGUCUUACAUCUCCGACCUCCUCUGCAACGCCUUCACCAACGUCCAGCCCGCGCAAAUAGCGCAUUUCGUCAAUCUCCUAUUCAACCACUCGCCCGAUCCCGUCAAGUUCAAAUUCACACUGCGUGAUUUCCUGAUCAGUCUGAAGGAGUUUACAGGGGAUCACGCCGAGUUGUAUAUUGAGGAGAAGGAGGCAGAGGCCGAGAAGAAGACGAAGGAGGAGAGGGAGAUGGCGAUGCGGGUACCGGGGAUGAUCAAGCCGAGUAUGCUGGAUGAUGAUGGGGAUUUAUAG